AUGUAACUUUCGCUGAAGCCUCGGGUUUGCUGAAACUAUUCCAAGUACUUUGUAAAUAAAUUGGACGUUGUUCUUUAAAUAAAGUGUUGUUGAUAAAGAGGGCAAAUCAGACUUCUUCCUGUCAUCUUAAGGUGUCUGACAAUUCACUUCCAGGUUACAAAGUGACCUUGUUGGGGAACAUGGCGUCUUUAGUGAGAAUAAGUUCUCUGUGUAGGGCAGCUGGACCAUUAACAUUCAACAAAUUAUUGCUGAUCAGACCUGUGACUGUUGUCCCACAAGACCGCCUUGCACUUCAAACUUCUCAGAUCCAUGUUACCCCGAUCCGGCAAGGUGGCUCAAAGGCUGCCUCGCUGCACUGGACAAGUGAAAGAGCCUUGAGUGUGUUUCUCCUUGGGCUCUUACCUGCAGCAUACCUAUAUCCUGGAGCUGCAAUGGAUUACUCGCUGGCUGCAGCCCUCACCCUCCAUGGGCACUGGGGCAUUGGACAAGUGUUGACAGAUUACGUCCACGGAGACACAAAGGUUAAGUUGGCCAACACAGGUCUCUUCGCAGUUUCAGCCUUGACCUUUGCAGGCCUUUGUUACUUCAACUACCAUGAUGUGGGCAUCUGCAAAGCGGUAGCCAUGCUUUGGAGCCUGUAAUUUGCCAGAAGAUGAUUGUAUAUGAGUUCCUUCUAAGAAAAAAUGUAUUCUGAGAACAUUUUGCAAUAAAAAAUUAUAGUUUGCCAGAAUGAUCAACAUGAUUGACCUGUUUAACGUUUUCCCAAUGUUGAAAGCGUGCUACUUUAUGUUCAAGCUUUACGUUAAAGUGACUGUCAAUAAUCCGCUCACAAGAAUUGCGAUGCUAAAGUAUACAUUUCAUUUGAGGCACUUAACAUGGUUAUUUUGCAAGCAAAUGUAAUUUGCAUUAUUCUUUAAAUAAAAAGUGUGACUUAAUUGUUUAA